UGUCAGUCAGUCAGUCAGUCAGUCUUUCUGUCAGUCAGUAAGUGACGGACAUCAGAACCGGAGCGGCUCCAGAUCAUGCGCGAGCUCACGGCGUCUUGACAGCUGCACGCGGCUCGGUUCCGGUGUAAGCGGACGCGAUGGAUGGCGGCGAGAGAAAGGACGUGAAGCUCUCAGCUGAAGUGAAGCCGUUUGUUCCUCAGAAGAAAGGUGUUGACGGUUCAUUAUUACCCAUGAGUCUGUGCAGUGAGGGCGGAGCUGAGCCCACACAAAUCCCCUCCUACCUGAUCACCUGCUACCCGUUUGUACAGGAGAAUCAGAACAACAGUCGGCAGCUGCCGGUGUACAGCGGAGAUCAACGCUGGCAGCAGAUGAACCCGAGCCCAGGUGGGCCGUACCUGGCGUACCCGAUCCUGUCCUCCCCUCAGCCCACCGUCAGCAGUGAUUACAGCCCAUACUAUCACGCCAUCAUGCCCACACCCUGUCCUCCUGUGAUGGGCUUCUAUCAGCCGUUCCCCGGGCCGUACGCAGGGCCGCUGCAGGCCGGUGUGUUAAACCCUGUGUCAGAGUGCAGUGAGAGAGUCACCCCGCAGGGUCAGACACAGAGAGGGAGGGGCAUCACACGAGCUCCCAUCAUGCACAAGCCGAUGAGUCAGCCCUUGAGAGUCAAACGUCCUGUGAUGCGGAGUGUGGCGGUACAGAAGGAAGUAGGAGCGGCUGGGCCUGAUGGGAGAUGCAAGACUGUGUUGCUGGUGGAUGCCGCUCAACAGACAGAUUUCCCAGGUGAGGCGUGCGGCAGCAGAUCAGAUCAGGCGAGUGUUCUGCAGUGGAAGAACAAAAGCAGACGCAGACGAACAUCACAGCAGGAGUCAUCCAGUGAGCACGGAGCCAGCGAGGCCGACAUCGACAGUGACAGCGGCUACUGCAGCCCCAAACACAACCAGGGAGGUGUCAACCCUUCAGCCAAUCAAAACACAGCUCCAGCGGGUGUUGACGCGAGCGUCAUGACAGCGGUUAGCUGGGGGAAUGUUGGUUCACACAACACACAGAAAGCAUGGACAGAGAGAAAUGUGUCCUAUCAGAGAGGCAACAGAACUCCUGAGCAGAGGAGCUACACACAGACGGCUUUCAGUGGUCGUGCAGGAGGGCAACGGAGAUCCACACAGAACACUCCAGACACACCUAACACAAACACAAACCUCACACCUGAACCACUCUACUUUCAGGAUGUAGAGGAGUUUCCUGAUCUGGCCACAGGUGGCGCUCCUCAACGUAAUAAACCAGAACCAGCACAGCCCAAACUGCACAAGAACCUGCUGGACAACCUUCCUGAGAAUUCACCCAUCAGCAUUGUGCAGACGCCCAUUCCCAUCACCAGCUCUGUACCCAAAAGAGCCAAGAGUCAGAGGAAGAAAGCUCUCGCCGCCGCUCUGGCCACAGCGCAGGAGUAUUCUGAGAUCAGCAUGGAGCAGAAGAAACUACAGGAGGCUUUGUCUAAAGCAGCAGUAAAGAAGAGCAGGGCUCCUGUCCAGUUGGAUCUGGGUGAUAUGUUGGCAGCACUAGAGAAACAACAACAGGCAAUGAGAGCAAGACAGCUGAACAACACCAAACCACUGACGUACACAGUUGGAACAGUGGGAGGUCUUUACAGUAAAGACAGCAGUACAACAUCAUCAACUGUCAAACACACAUACACCCCCCCACACAACAUCCUGGACUCCACUGCCCCGCGCGUCAAGAGAGGAAAAGAACGAGAGAUUCCCAAAGUCAAGAAGACCACCGCCAUGAAGAAGAUAAUUCUGCAAGAGCGUGAGGUGAAGAAAGGGAAGAGCCCUGCUGAUCAAGGUGUGACUGGAGCUGAAGAUCAGAGAGACAGUGACACCCUCACACAGGAGCAGGAUGAGAACGGUUUGAGCGUGCCCAGUGAUGCUUCUCUGUCUCCAGCGAGUCAGAAUUCUCCAUACAGCAUCACACCUGUGUCUCAGGGCUCACCGGGCAGCUCGGGCAUCGGCAGCCCAAUGGCUACAUCUGCCAUCACCAAGAUACACAGCCGCAGAUUCAGAGAGUACUGUAAUCAGGUGUUGAGUAAAGAGAUCGAUGAGAGCGUGACAAUGCUCCUGCAGGAGUUGGUUCGAUUUCAGGAGCGUGUCUAUCAGAAGGAGCCCACCAAAGCCAAAGCCAAGAGGAGGCUUGUGAUGGGACUGAGAGAGGUCACCAAACACAUGAAACUACAAAAGAUCAAGUGUGUCAUCAUCUCACCCAACUGUGAGAAGAUCCAGGCCAAAGGUGGUCUGGAUGAGGCACUUUAUAACGUGAUCGCCAUGGCGAGGGAACAAGAAAUCCCAUUUGUGUUUGCUCUGGGACGCAAAGCUCUUGGCCGCUGUGUGAACAAACUCGUUCCUGUGAGCGUCGUUGGAAUAUUUAACUUCUCUGGAGCAGAGGGUCUGUUUAAUAAGCUGGUGUCUCUGACGGAGGAGGCGAGGAGAGCGUAUAAAGACAUGGUGAACGCUCUUGAGCAGGAGCAGGCCGAGGAGGCCCUGAAGAACGUCAAGAAGGUCACACAUCACAUGGGUCACUCCAGGAACCCGUCUGCCGCCAGCGCCAUCUCCUUCUGCAGCGUCAUCUCUGAGCCCAUCUCUGAGGUCAAUGAGAAAGAAUACGAGACCAACUGGAGGACUAUGGUGGAGAACACGGAUGCCCCCGAACCCCUGGAGUCUGAGCCCAGCAGCAGAAGGCACAUUAAAGAGCCCAAGGUCACGCUACCCACUCCGCAGCCGGCAUCACCGCUUACCCUGGCGCCCUCUCGUGCCCCAGAGAGAGAAGAGUCCCGCACGGAUGACCGUUUGGAGUGGGCAUCGCAACGGAGCACGGACACGGGUUCACUGGACGGCAGCUGUCGUGACCUGCUCAACUCUUCCAUCACCAGCACCACCAGUACACUGGUGCCCGGCAUGCUGGAGGAGGAAGAGGAGGAGGACGAGGAGGAUGAGGAUUACCCCCCCGAGCCCCUCUCUGUGCAGGUGCCGCCGCUCAGCUGUAGGAUCGAGUCAUGGGUCUCUAAAACUCUGGAGAACCUGCAGCUGCACAGACAGAGCGACGACAGCACGGAUGACGAGGAUGAGGAGGAAGGACGGCAGAGCGACAAAGAGCUCGACUCGUCUGAUCUUACAGACCCAGCAGCCAACGACAAAGAUGUGCUCGAACCCACCGCACGCACUGGCUGAUGGACACAACACACAACUCUCUCUCUCUCAGUUUAUUAAGGAGUUUCAGACCAACACAAACAUUGACUCAGGAAAAUUAAAUGGACAAACCAAUCAAACUCUCUCUCUCUCUCUCUCUCUCUGUGUGUGUUUUUGUGUCUACACAACUUUAAAGGGACAGUUUACCACACAGUGAAAAUUCUGUCGUCAUUCACACACACACAUUUUGUUCAAACUCGUUUGACUUCCAUUCUUCAGUGGAAGACAGAAUGAGAUGUUGAGCAGAAUCUCCACACUGCUUAUAUAAACAUCCGUUUCUGUCUUAAAGAAUGAAGGUCACACCCCCCCAACAGAAUCUUCAUUUGGACCCUUAAACUGACGAAGGAAACAAAUUCAUUCCGACACACACACACACACACACAAGUGGAGUCAUUUCUCUCUGUCUUUCGUCAGUGUUUGUUAGCUUUUAUCAGUGGUCAAGAAUCAUUUAAAGCAACACAAACAUUUAACAAAUUCUGCAGAGAAAACAUGAGAAGACGCUCAAGCGAUAACCCCGCUGUAAAUAACAUGUAGAAAUAUUUCUAAUAUUCAGUCUUACUGGCUUCUAUUUAUCGUGCUUGAUCUUAUGAGAAUGUUUUCUGCUGAUAAUUCACCUCAUAACGUGUGUGUGUGUGUGUGUGUGUGUGUGUCUGUGUGUGUAAGAGAGAUCUCUUUACUCUCAUGUACUCUCGUCUUCUUCAUCUGUAGUAUUAACACGGCUCAGAGUGUCUUUCAUCAUAUUAAACUCUACGUGAAGGAUUUCUGUCAAUAUAAUGUUUAUAUUUGCUUUUGUUUGUUAUAAUUAAAAUGAAUGUGAGUGAUAUUUCUGUUAUAACGACUAAUGUGAGGGAAACGUCCAGUGUAAAGCGUCAGUCGUGAGUGUUUUGCUCAUGUAAACAAUGUAAAUGUUAAAGAUCUCAGUGCAAUAAGCUUCUGUAGCAGAACUCCAGCACCGUCAGCUUCAGCUCGGUGUGGUGCUAAUGGACUCUCUCUCUCUCUCUCUCUUCCUCCCUCUAUCUCUCUCUCUCUCUCUCUCUCUCUUCCUCCCUCUGUCUCUCUCUCUCUCUCUCUCUCUCUCUCUUCCUCCCUCUGUCUCUCACUCACUCUGUGUGUGUUUAGAGUGAUUUUCAAUGUCGUGUCUUUUGCACUAUGUACAUAAUAGUGACCAUGUUUGGGUAACUGAUGUUAAACUAGCACGAGUCAUGUAUUCUAGUGAAGUGUCUGUCCAUCUGCACCUGCAGUACUUUCUGACUGAUCAUUAAUACAAUUAAACUGUUUUCACUACCGUC